UGAGCCAGCCUGAAGGAGGUGGAGUAGGAAGUGCUCAAAGUACACAGAAAAUCCCCACAGGCAGGAAGAAUAGUCGUCGCUGAACCCCCAGACCGAGCAUGGACACUACGGUAUAUAACUGCACUACGGAACCGGUGGCGAAGACCGGCUUCUGUAACACAGGGCUGCCUCCCGCGAGGCUGUGGCUGAAAGUCCUGCAACUGCUGUUCUCCUUUGUGGCCUUCCUAUGUGAGGAACUGAUCAAGCAUUGUAAAAAUUGCAUCGGCCUCUACUUCUUUGAAUUUGUGAGCUGUAGUGCCACAAUUUUGACCAUUUUUCAAAUCAUUGUAUAUCUAACUCCUUUGAAGAAAAAGGUGAACGAUGAACAUUAUCGCAAAAUUGAUUUCUGGUUGACACUGGGAGUUGGUAUUUUAUUUUUGAUUGUUUCGAUUGCGUUUGCAGCUACAAUGGACAGUGAAACUCUGCCAAAGGUGUCUGUGACCUUUGGUUUUCUUGCAUCUAUAGCAUUUAUUCUGGAGUUUGGGUUUAUGUUGUACCACAAGAGGAACUCUAAUGAAAAGAAACCCCCUGGAAAUGGCAAAGAAGGACAACCACUUAAUCAACAACCUCAAGGCGUUUAAUCGUCCUGCUAUAAUGUAAUAGUGUUCUCUCCUACCGUAUAGCAGGCUUUGUUUAUAAAUCUAAGUCUGAACUUGCAUUUUUAAGUCUGUAUUUCAAGAAAACUAAUUUUAACCCUUACUGAAAUUUUGUGACACACUAUAAGCCAAACCAAUGGUAUCCCAACUAAGGUGAGAAGGGAUUUUCAAAAAAUAUAUAAUCACCAAAGCCAAUCUAGUUUAAUAAAAUAUUUUUAAUAAUGCAUGCCACUCAAGACCUAUAGCCUACAUCCUAUACAAUAUUGUCUGAAGCGUAGAUUAGGAUCAGAGCACAUUUUCAUUUUCAGUGGUUUUUAUUACAUACCUUAGAAGAUAGGGGACUUUUUUAAAUUUUAUUUUAUUUUUUACUGUUACUCCUAUACCUGUAAAUAUAUCUGAUUUGGCCAAAGGCUCUUUACAAUACGGCCACUGAACACGUGUAUCCUAUUUAUUGUGUCUGUACGCUCUAUAUCGGUGUGUAGAAAUAAAAAAAAAAAUAAAUAAAACA